UACGUAUUUUUCUGACGUCGAAGUUAGGUUAAUUUUAGGUUAUGAAUGAAAGUUCAAAAUAUAUAUUUUCCCGGACCGGACGAAAUCUGAACCAAAUAUAGACAUCUAUGUUAGUUCGGACCGGAUCAAAAACCAACAAUCAGUGGCUGGUCCAGACCACACCAAAAAAAAUACCAAACAAAGAAGGCCGGUCUGGACAGGACCCCCAAAAAUAUGUACAAAAGAAGUCAGUCCAUGCUUAGUGGGAACUGAGUAAGGGGAGAAGCUUGUAGGCAACAGUCACUUUUCAAGACCAGUCCACAAUCUCAUCGAACAAGUUUUUUUUUGUAUGAUAUAACAGAGAUUACUUUCCAAGAAAUAUAGAUUCGUCUUUUUGAACGCUAAAGGAAUAGCAUGGUGGCGUCCAGCUACCGACUUUCAAGGUAGCUGGUCACGGGACAAUGAAUAGACUCACUAAGAUGUAGCCAAACUGUAAUUUAUGCGCAGCUUUCAAUUUUUCAAAAUUGACACUAAUGAUGAGAUGCUUUAACAAUAGGGGUACCUAUUCAAUUGCAGGAUUUCUUAUUCAUUACACGUUUUGCCCCAUAGCUAUGGAUUUUUUUUUCAGGAGAAAGAGGGCAUUGAAAACUCUCCUGAGCUUGUCUCUAGUCUUUGCGUCUUUAUUGAUGAUCCAAAAGUUCAAGCUUGUGGAUAACAGCAUCAAGGAUGAUAUGGAGGUUAAACGCCUGGAAGACGCCGGUUGGUGUGGACCUGAGUGUGAUUUCUACAAAGGAAAAGACCUAUUGAAAAGCAGUUUGGGAAACUACUCGCCGCCUGUUCUUGGUGAUGAUCUGGAUGCGCCACGGGUGAAGAUGUCCAACGAUACUCCGUCUACAUGGGAUGUACACGUUAUGAACUGCAGUGAAGAUUCAGCCGUGAGGAAGAAUGAUUGGUUUCGACGUUUGGAUCCGAGAUUCCACCAAUUUGUGUUACACAGACAUUGUCGGUAUUUCCCAAUGUUAAUAAAUCACCCGGAUAAAUGCAGGAAUGGAGACGUACACUUGCUCAUGGUUGUAAAAUCCGUUAUAGAGCAGCAUGAUAGGCGAGAGGCCGUGCGUAAUACCUGGGGUAGGGAACAGGCAAUUGAUGGUAAGAGAAUAAAAACGCUGUUUCUUCUAGGAAGCCCGACAAAUGGUAAAGACACGAAAAACCUUCAAAAGUUGAUUGAGUAUGAGGACAUUAUAUAUGGAGAUAUUCUUCAAUGGGAUUUUAUGGACACAUUUUUCAACCUCACCUUGAAAGAGGUGAAUUUUCUAAAAUGGUUUGAUAUUCACUGCUCCAGUGCCAAGUUUAUAUUCAAAGGGGAUGACGACGUUUUCGUGAAUACAAAGAACUUACUGGAACUUAUUGGUUUCAAGACUGAGGACCGCAAAGUGCUGAACUUAUUUGUUGGGGACACCAUAUCCAAAGCCAUCCCCAUCAGAAACCAUCAAAGUAAAUACUACAUCCCCAAAGAGCUGUUUGACAAACCGUACCCACCUUAUGUUGGUGGUGGUGGGUUUUUAAUGUCCUCACAAUUAGCUCAGAGACUGUUUGUGGUUUCAGAGGACUUGGAGCUCUAUCCCAUUGAUGAUGUGUUUUUGGGAAUGUGCCUCCAGAAGCUACACUUGACUCCGGAGAUGCACAUAGGUUUCAGGACCUUUGGCAUCAUGAAACGCAGAGUGAGUCCAAUGAACAGAGAACCUUGCUUUUUCAAAAACCUCAUCGUAGUCCAUAAAUUGAGUCCUCAGGAGCUACUCAGGAUGUGGAGUGUAGUGGAAAAUAAGGAGCUGGUUUGUGCCAAAUACACUGCACCAUGAUUGUUAUUUAUAAUAUGUGUAUGUAGGCCUAGUAGGACACAUUGCUGUCACUAAAAUAUCCAACUAAGAAAGACAAUGUGAAAAGAAUUACAUUCAUUCUCACUGACCUGUUUAAUGUUUCACUUUUGUAAUGUUUAAUGUAAUGUCCAUAGGUAGGAAAACCAAAUUAGUAAGUGUACAUGACUUAUGUCUAUACAAAAUUAACCACUUUUUCAGCAAACUGUAAAUAUAUGGCAGCAUUUAACACUGAAAAGCCUUUUUCAUGCCAGUUUAGUGCCUUUGAUUUUUUGAGAUUAGGGAUGUUUUAGUAACUAAAAAGGUUACAUGAAAAUAUAAUUUGGUAAAUGUUUGCCAUAUAUUCUAGAACAAAUAUGUAAUGACAUUUUAAGAGUCACAACUAGUUUUUGUGUUGAUGUUUGUAACAGAUUCAUUAAAUAUGUAUUGUUA